AUGAUCCACACGCAGGGACCUAGCGGCACAGCCGCUGCCACCGAGCAGCCGCCCACCGCUUUGGCGCCGGCCAUCCCGAUCGCGGGACCUAGCGGCACGGCCGCUGCCAUCGAGCAGCCGCCCACCGCUUUGGCGCCGGCCAUCCCGAUCGCGGGACCUAGCGGCACAGCCGCUGCCACCGAGCAGCCGCCCACCGCUUUGGCGCCGGCCAUCCCGAUCGCGGGACCUAGCGGCACAGCCGCUGCCACCGAGCAGCCGCCCACCGCUUUGGCGCUGGCCAUCCCGAUCGCGGGACCUAGCGGCACGGCCGCUGCCACCGAGCAGCCGCCCACCGCUUUGGCGCCGGCCAUCCCGAUCGCGGGACCUAGCGGCACGGCCGCUGCCAUCGAGCAGCCGCCCACCGCUUUGGCGCCGGCCAUCCCGAUCGCGGGACCUAGCGGCACAGCCGCUGCCACCGAGCAGCCGCCCACCGCUUUGGCGCCGGCCAUCCCGAUCGCGGGACCUAGCGGCACAGCCGCUGCCACCGAGCAGCCGCCCACCGCUUUGGCGCCGGCCAUCCCGAUCGCGGGACCUAGCGGCACAGCCGCUGCCACCGAGCAGCCGCCCACCGCUUUGGCGCCGGCCAUCCCGAUCGCGGGACCUAGCGGCACAGCCGCUGCCACCGAGCAGCCGCCCACCGCUUUGGCGCCGGCCAUCCCGAUCGCGGGACCUAGCGGCACAGCCGCUGCCACCGAGCAGCCGCCCACCGCUUUGGCGCCGGCCAUCCCGAUCGCGAGACCUAGCGGCACAGCCGCUGCCACCGAGCAGCCGCCCACCGCUUUGGCGCCGGCCAUCCCGAUCGCGGGAACUAGCGGCACGGCCACUGCCACCGAGCGACCACCGGCCACCCCCACUGAGACGCCACAAUCGUCCAUGUCUGCGGCUCCGACCACCUUCCUCACCGAGAUCGACGCUGGGGGUGUUGGCGACGCUGCCCAAGCCCAUGCCAGGGAGGUUGAGACCGCCGCUGAGCGGCAGGCUCGGCUCGCUGCCAAUGCUGAGCGUCUCUCCCAGGCCAGGGAGGCAGAGACCGCUGCUGAGCGCCAGGCUCGGCUCGCUGCCGACGCCGAGCAGCACGCGCAGGCAUGGCGCCAGCAAAAUGCCGAGCAGCAGGCCGAGCGUGCCGCGUAUUUACGCGACCGGCGCGCGGCACUCCGCCUCGCCCACCCGGAGCAACUUGGCCGCCACUACAGUCCAGAGACUUUCGCCAUGCCGGCUGCGCUCAACAUUGGUCGAAUGGAGCACGUCUGCGGCUUUUGUGGCGCUCUGUGCUGGGCCAAGGAAGCACCCGGCUCCUGUUGUAGCAAGGGCAAGGUCGCGCCGCCCUUCCACCCGCCGCCUCCGCCCGAACUCGCCGAGCUUUUCACCACCAACUCGCCGCUGCACCGCGAGUUCAUGACGAACAUCCGACGCUACAACUGCGCGUUCCAGCUCGCCAGCAUGGGCUGCAAGGAGGUGCGUCAGCCGGGAUGGAAUCCCAACUUUACUAUCCAGGGCAACGUCUGUCACUUCAUCGGCAGCCUCCUCCCGGCCGAUGGAGCUGAAGCAAAAUUCAUGCAAAUUUAUUUCCUGGACGACCAGCUGGCGGCGCGGACCGGCCUUUUUGAAGGCCUCAACGAGGACGUCUUGCGACUGCUGGAACAGGUGCUGCAGCGCUGCAACGUCUACAUCCAGUCGCUGCUGCCCGCCAAGCAGAUGCUAGACGCCCUGCCCGACCAGCGCUGCCGCAUCGUGAUGACUGAGCAGCGCCGUCCGCUGUCGGAGCAUGAGCGCCGUUUCAACCUGCCCGCCUGCAGAGAGGUGGCGGUGCUCAUGCCCAAUGAGCCAGUCGGCCGUCGCGACAUUAUCCUGCAGCACCGUGACGGAGCGGUGCGGCGGAUCGACGAGUUCCACCGAUCAUACGAUCCGCUACACUACGUGCUGCUGCACCCGCUCGGCACAGACGGCUGGUCGCUGGCGAUGAAACAAGAGCUGGCCGUCACUGCCCGUCAAUACUACGCGUUUCACCUGCGCUACAGACCCGGCCACUUUAACAUCCUGCCACGCGGCCGUCGGCUGUUCCAGCAGCUGCUGGUGGACGCGGAGGUGAAGGUGGAAGCCGACCGGCUAAACUACAUCCGUACCCACCAGGACGGACUCAACGGCUUCCGCGCGGAGUCCAUCCGUGGCAUCCGGGACGCCCUGGAGGCGGGCGAGCAGGCCGGCAGAACCGUGGGCCGUGUCGUGCUGCCAGCAAGUUUCACUGGAGGGCCACGGUAUAUGAUGGCUAAACUCCAAGACUGCCUCACCUAUGUGCGUGAGUUCGGCGGUGCCGACUUUUUUGUCACGGUAACCUGUGACCCGCACUGGCCAGAAAUUGUCGACACCGUCCAACGGCAGUUCCCCGGGGACCAGGCCAGCGAUCACCCGGACAUCGUGUCGCAGGUGUUUCACCUGAAGAUGCGAGGCCUGCUGCACCUGCUGCGCGGCGGCGUCCUCGGACGCGUGCGUGCCAUCAUGCACACCAUCGAAUGGCAGAAACGAGGCCUGCCACACGCCCACAUCGUCGUCUGGAUGGUGCCGGACGACAAGCCGCGUCCCGACCAAAUCGACGACUGUGUGGUGGCGGAGCUGCCGGACCCUGCCGAGGAUCCUGAGCUGCACGACUUGGUCAGGUCCAAAAUGGUGCACGGCCCGUGCGGCGGCCUCAACCCGAGGUCGGCGUGCAUGGCAGACGGCGCCUGCACCAAAAAGUUCCCCCGGAACUUCCAGCGGGAGACGGUGGUGCCGGAGCGCGGCUACCCGCUGUACCGCCGCCGCGCCCCGGAGGACGGCGGUUUCACCACCGAGCCGCGCGGCCGUCCUGCCGACCGAGACCGCCCGCGGCUGGACAGCCGCUGGGUUGUCCCUUUCAACCCAUUCCUGCUACGUGCCCUGAAGGCCCACGUCAACGUGGAGGUUAUAAGCCAUUCGACCUCCUGUGUCAAGUACGUGGUCAAGUACGUCCAGAAGGGCUCCGACCAGUCCACCUACACCGUGGUGACUGAGGAGGGUGAGCUGGACGAGGUGGCCACCUACCAGCACUGCAGGUACCUCGGCUCAAUGGAGGCGUCCUGGCGGCUGCUAGAUCUGCCGAUCCACGAGCACCAUCCGGCCGUUGAGCAGCUGGACCUCCACCUCAGCGACGACGAUCGGCGGCUCCAGUUCCGCAACGACGCCAAUCUGGAGGCUGUCCUUCAAAACCAGCGGGCCUCCAAGCUGACCGCCUUCUUCCAACUGUGCGCCGCUGAUGAAUUCGCCCGUACUCUACUGUACACAGAGGUGCCGAAGCAUUAUACGUGGAAUACGGGUGCGACACGCUGGCAGCGACGGAAGCGCGGCGCGCCACACCCAACCGAGCCGGGGCUGUUCACCACGGACACCCUGGCACGCAUCUUUACCACCACUCCGCGCGCAGGAGACCUGUUCUUCCUGCGUUUGCUGCUGAUGCGCGUGCCAGGACCGACCAGCUUCCUGGACCUGAGGACGGUGGACGGCGAGGUGCUGCCCACCAUGCAGCAGGCGUGCUCAGCCAGAGGCUUGCUGGAGGACGGCGAGCAUUGGGACCGCGCGCUGGCCGAGGCCACCACCAGCGGUUAUCCCAACCGGCUCCGGCUCCUGUUCGCCAUCAUCCUGACCGAGGGUGGCGCCACGUGUGAUCCGGUGCGGCUCUGGGCGGCUCACCAGCCGGCCAUGUCCGAGGACAUAACGCACCGCCAGGAGCUGCUGCGCGCCGCCGGCAGACCCUGCAUGUCGGCGGAGGAGAUCCAGCUCGAGACGCUCCGGCGAGUCGGACUGUGCCUGCAGCGUCUCUGCGGCCGGACGGUCGGCAGCUUCGGUCUGCCGGAGCCCCCUGCCGGCCCUGUUGCAGCUGAAGCCGAGCCCGACUUCGCUCUCGACCAGCAGCAGGCGUAUCUGGCAGAAAACGAGCACCUACUGACGGCGGACCAGCGCGUCGUCUACGACGAAGUCGUCAGGCGGCUGACAGACGGAACCGGUGGCGCCAUUUUUCUUCAGGCUCCCGGAGGCUGCGGUAAAACGUUUUUGGAAAACGUUUUGCUCGCCAAGGUGCGCAGCCAGGGAGCGGUGGCCGUCGCAGUGGCCACGUCCGGCAUUGCCGCCUGCCUGCUGGACGGCGGCACUACGGCGCACUACCGCUUCAGAAUCCCGCUGCGCCUGCACGCAGAUGAGAACGUGUGCGGCAUCGCACAGAGGACGCCGGAGGCGGAGCUGCUCCAAGCCUGUCGCCUCAUCGUAUGGGAUGAGGCGGCCAUGGCCAACCGGCGCGCCUUAGAGGCAGUGGAUCGCACCCUGCGCGAUCUGCGAGACACCGACGAGGAGUUCGGCGGCAUCGUGACGGUGCUGUCCGGCGACUGGCGGCAAAUUCUGCCGGUUGUAAGGAACGGCUGCCGGGCCCAAGUGGUGGACGCCUGCCUGAAGUCGUCCCCGCUCUGGAACACUGUGACGGUGAUGCAGCUGGAGACUAACAUGCGCGUCCAGCUGCAUCAAGACGCCAGAGCAGCCGAAUUCUCGGACUUCCUGCUGAGAGUCGGCAACGGCGAGCUGCCCAUCGUCCGGGAACUGGGAGAGGACGUCAUUGACGUGCCGCCAGAAAUCCGAAGCCCGGCCACCAGCGUCGCGGAGCUGGCUGUUCGGAUUUUUCCGGACCUGGCGGCCAACUAUGUGGACACCGAGUGGCUCCACCAGCGGGCCAUUCUGACUCCAAGGAACUCAGAUGUCGACAAGGUCAACCAGGUGCUGAUGGAGAUGCUGCCUGGCGCGACAGCGGAAUACCGAAGCGUCGACAGCAUGUCCGAUCCGGAGGCUGUGCCAAUGCCAACGGAAGUCCUCAACAGCCUGGAGCUUUCAGGACUGCCGUCUCAUCGCCUGACUCUCAAGGUCGGUGCGCCUGUGAUCCUGAUGAGAAACAUCGACGCCCCGAGGACUGUCAACGGCACGCUCUGCACCGUCUCCAGGCUCCACGCCAACGUGCUGGAGCUGCGCGUGGGUUCCGGACCGAGCCGCGGCGAGGCCCUGUUUCUGCCGCGUCUGCCCCUGGAGGUGGACGGCGCUGACUCGGGACUGGGGUUCAGCUUCCGGCGACUCCAGUUCCCGGUCAAAGCGGCCUUCUGCCUCACCAUCAACCGGUGCCAGGGGCAAACCAAAAGGAAGAUCGGCGUCUACCUGCCCAGUCCGGUUUUCACGCACGGGCAGCUCUACGUCGCCCUGUCGCGCGUUGGCGACUUCGACGCGGUGGAGGCGCUCACCACCGCGGCGACUACACGCAACGUCGUCUACAGAGAGGUUCUGUAG